AAUUAAAUUAAAAAAAGAAAAGCAAAAUAUAAAUAUAAAAAUGAAAAGCCAAGUUUAACAGUGUUCUUCAACUCAGCCCUCUUUCCGUUUGCCGGCAGAACAGAACCCUAUUCGAAUUUUGCAUUUAUUUCUCGAAGAUUUUAGCAUAAUGACUUCACCAUUGGCGGCUGGGCUUGCAGUGGCAGCUGCGGCUUAUGUAGGUAGAUAUGGUAUCGUGGCUUGGCAGGCAUUCAAGGCUAGACCGCCUAGGAUGCGUAGAUUUUAUGAAGGUGGUUUUCAGGCUACCAUGACUAGGAGGGAAGCAGCUCUUAUACUGGGUGUUAGAUCUGGAGGCUUGGGUGGUGGUCGAUAUGAGAGUGGUUUUUGUAUAUCAGAUUUUGAACCCAGUAAUUUGGAAUCCCAAAAUUCCAAUGUCACUGAUGUUCCAAUCAUUAUGACAUCUAAGUUCAACCAUGAAUUCUUCUUCAUAUUAUGUAAAUUUGAUUUUGGAAAAAGUUGUUGCUUGGCUGCAUCUCCACCUUCAACUCUCUUUAUUGUUGCAUCCCCUUCCUCUUCCAUCAUACUAUAUUUUUCUAUUACAAAUCUCCCUUCUGUUUUGGUGUUUUCUUCCCUACUAAGGGUAUGAUUCUUCAUUGCUGGACUUUCUCCCAUAACUAGAGCAAUUUGUAUAUUUCUAAUCAAGCCCUUUAGAUCCAGUUGUAGCAAUCGAUUGUGAAUGUUAGAUUGCAACCCUGCAAAGAAAUAUCCCUGCAAGUGAUCUUCUACUGCUUUAUUUGCUUGUGACACCAAUAUCUUGAAUUCUAGGAUGAAUUUUCCCCCACUCUCAGUCCAUGUUACUGCUGUCAAACUCUCAAGUAAAACUCUCCGUUCAUUUCCACCAGCUAUUGGCGCCAAGAAAUCAAACCCACCCUCCUCAAGAAUGCCAAUAUCUUUAUGGAUGUAAAGAAUAUCUAUGUCCCAUAAACCAUCACUUUGCGUAUUAUUACUAGGUGACACAUCAAUGGCAUAACAAAAUUCACCCUAUUGUUGUUUCCCACUUCAAAUUCUUGAAUGUAAUCUUCCACCCUUCAAUGCUUCAAAAGUAUUGACUCAUCCUUGUCA